CAUGAUUAUUUUGUCUACGUUGUCAGCAGCCUCUGACCGCAAAUCCACGAGAUGUUAGUUUUUUCUAGCCACAAACGCAGACCAACCCCUGGCGCACAUUAGCCACCAUUAGCUGUCUCACUCUAACAUGCGCUUCUCCAGCCGCUGCAGACUCUGCUCCACUUGCUACUUCCUCUAGAAGAAGCCUUUUUCAAAUCUCUCUGCCACCGGACCCGUUUUCUUCUGUUCAUUUGGGUUUCUCUCUUCCAAUUUAUGGCUUCUUUGAGACCUACCCUCUCUCAACUUUCCCUUUCCCAAUCCAAUUUUCUCAGAAAAUCUACAUGGAACAAUCAUCUACCUUGCUAUUUACACAAAAGGAUCGCAAAGUUGCAAACUUUUACCACUUCUAAGUCUUCCACUUUCAGGGUUUGCUGUAGUUCUCAAGAGACCAAUAACAAAAACAAUGGUGAAGAGCCUCCAGAGUCAUUAUUUAUGAAGGAAUUAAAGAGGAGAGGUAUGACCCCUACAUCAUUGCUUGAUGAUUACAAACAAAGCGACUAUGGACUUGAUGAAGAGGUGUAUGUGAAUGAAGAAGAUAGAGGUUUCCCAAAAAGAAAAGCUGUCUCAACCAAUGUUGAGAGGAGUUUAGACAAUCAGAGGGAACGAUCUAUGGCACUGAACAGUGAAGGUCUUGAGGGCUUGAUACCUCGUGCUAAACUUCUUUUGACAAUUGGAGGAACAUUCUUCUUGGGAUUUGGGCCGUUGAUCCUCAUAAUUGUUGCAACCUUUUCUGCUCUUUACUUUUAUUUUGGACCAACAUUUGUCCAUGAUGCAAGCAAGAUGGCUAUAUCACCUCCACAAUAUGUGGACCCUUACGCACUCCUAGAAGACGAAAGGAUAUCUCAGAUAGCACCACGGCUAAACUAAAGGCAAUACCACACAUACUUAGCUCUUAGGAAUCUAGUUGCAUAUAUCAAAUUUCUGUUUGAUUUAGUUCCAUUGUAAAAUAUCAUCCAGGAUGAACUUGUUAUCUAUUUUGCGUUCAUCAUUGACUCAAUUCUUUACAUCUAUCUGCCCUUUUCACUUUGCCUAAAUGCUAUGUAUAAUUUAAAUCUAAAUGAAAGCUCUAUCAAACAAGUAUUUAAUGCUCGUAA